UCAUCUCUGACUUGACUUGCACUCACCGCUCAGUUUAUGAUCUUUCUGAGCUCAAGCAGUCCAUCCUUAGAUUCUGGUUACUGAAUGAAGCUUGUUUUCAUCCAGUAAAGGCCAAUUGACCAAGUUCGCCGAUAAUGGCCGUACAGAUACCCGACCCAACGAUUGACCUUGACUGGUCGGGAUAUGUUGGCUCGAUAUCAGAAAUCUUUGCUAAGAAUGCUACUGAUCAUCCCGAUCGCACUUGCGUCAUAGAGACUGCGACCUCAACCACGCCGGAGAGAAGGUUUACGUACAAGCAGAUAUUCGAAGCCUCGAACGUCCUUGCGCAUUACCUGCACGAUGCAGGAGUCACCAAUGGCGAUGUGGUCAUGAUAUGGGCUCAUAGAUCGGUUGAUCUCGUCGUGGCUAUCAUGGGAACACUUGCUUCGGGCGCUACCUUCAGUGUACUUGACCCGGCCUAUCCACCUGCUCGGCAACAGGUGUACCUCGAAGUGUCUCAGCCAUGCGCACUCGUGCAGAUAGCGAGAGCUACAGACGAAGCUGGGCCGCUUGCCCCAGUUGUGCGAGAAUACAUCGAUAAAGAGCUAAAGCUUAAGGGCGAAAUACCUUCGAUGCGCAUAGACGACAACGGAGAAUUGACUGGAGGGAUUGUUGACGGCCAGGAUAUAUUUUCGGCAGCACGAGAAAAGAAGGCACAGCCUCCAGAUGUUAUAGUCGGACCAGACUCCAACCCCACCCUGUCGUUUACGUCAGGAAGCGAGGGAAAGCCAAAAGGAGUUCUCGGACGUCAUUACAGUCUUGCAUACUAUUUUGGCUGGAUGGCGGAAAGAUUCAAUCUCAGCUCAGCAAGCAGAUACACUAUGCUGUCAGGAAUUGCCCACGACCCAAUCCAAAGAGACAUUUUCACCCCACUAUUCUUGGGAGCCCAACUUCUCGUUCCAGCUAAGGAAGACAUUCAACACGAGAAACUGGCGGAGUGGAUGAACAAGUACAAACCGACUGUUACUCACCUGACGCCAGCAAUGGCACAGGUGCUCGUUGGUGGCGCUACAGCAAAGUUCGAUUCGCUAGACCGGGCUUUCCUGGUGGGAGACGUACUCACAACACGGGACUGCAGACGGUUGCGUGAUCUUGCCGAGAACGUAAAAAUCGUCAAUAUGUUCGGAACUACCGAAACGCAGCGAGCGGUUUCGUAUUUGGAGCUACCUUCGAAAAGAGAGGAUCCAAACUAUCUAGACAAAUUGAAGGACACCAUACCAGCAGGCAGAGGCAUGAAGAACGUUCAGCUUCUCGUGGUUGAUCGGCAAGACAGAAAUAAAAUCUGCGGCAUUGGGGAAGUUGGCGAGAUUUAUGUACGAGCAGCUGGUCUGGCGGAGGGGUACAAGGGCAAUGACGAACUUACGAAAAAGCUGAACGAAAGCAAGUUCGUGCAAAACUGGUUCGUGGACAACAAAAAAUGGGUUGAGGCGGACAAAGUUGCAGACAAGGGGGAGCCAUGGCGAAAGUAUUACAAGGGCCCGCGAGAUCGAUUAUACCGAACUGGAGAUCUUGGACGGUACCUCGAGAAUGGAGAUGUUGAAUGUACCGGACGGGCGGACGAUCAAGUCAAGAUUCGAGGCUUUAGAAUUGAGCUCAACGAGAUUGAUUCUAACCUGUCGCAGCAUCCACUUAUAAGAGAUUGCAAGACCGUCGUGCAGAGGAAUAGAAAUGAGGAGGCAACUUUGGUCAGCUACAUUGUAGUUGAGCUAAGUCAGUGGCCAGAUUGGCUCAAGUCGCAUAACCUUGAAGACACGGUCGACGAAGGAAUCGAAAUGGGGCCGACCACAGUAUAUCUGAAGAGGUUCAGACCAUUGCAAGCAGAAAUUCGAGACCAUCUCAAGGGACGCUUGCAGAUCCAAGCUGUGCCAACAACCUACAUCGUGCUUAACAAGCUGCCUCUCAACCCGAAUGGCAAGGUCGACAAGCCAAACCUACCAUUCCCCGAUAUUGCGGAACAGACGGAGGAGGCUACUGAAGAGGACAUCAAGCGCUGGGAAAGCCUAAGUGAGACAGAAAGAUCCGUUGCAACGGUUUGGGCAAAGUUGAUACCUGGUUUAAAUGAGAAGACUGUUGCCCCUGACAGCAAUUUCUUCGACCUUGGAGGCCACAGUUUGCUCGCGCAGCAAAUGCUUCUUCAAGUGCGGAAGCAGCUAAACGCGAAUGUCUCAAUCAACGCACUUUAUGAAUACAAUACACUUCGAAGUUUUAGUGGCGAAGUUGACCGGAUUCUGCAGCCUCCGAAGGGAGCCAAGGCCGACUCUGCCGAGGAAUCUGAAUCAUUCUAUUCGAAAUCACUUGACAAGCUUUUGACGCAGCUGCCUGAGCAAUUCAAGACUGCCGAGCCUGCGGCCAUUCGUGCCAAAUCCAAGCCAAUAGUAUUUCUCACGGGGGCAACGGGUUUUCUUGGUGCGUAUAUCAUCAAGGACGUGCUUGAACGGAUGAGCCACGAUCGAUCAAUUAGACUUGUAGCUCAUGUUCGUGCCAAGGAUGAAAAGUCAGGAUUGGACCGACUGAAACGAUCUCUCAAAGCUUAUGGCCUCUGGCAAGAUAGCUGGGAGACGCGGCUGAGUUGCGUUGUCGGUGACUUGACUAAGCCACAUUUGGGCAUUAGCAAUGAAAAGUGGUCGACUCUCGCCGACGAAGUCGACGUUGUCAUCCACAAUGGCGCUCAGGUCCAUUGGGUCAAGAGGUAUCAAGACAUGAUGGCAGCAAAUGUGCUAUCCACUUUGGAGGCUAUGAAACUUUGCAACGAAGGCAAGCCUAAGCUCUUUGCUUUUGUCAGCUCGACAAGCGUUUUGGACAAUGACCACUAUGUAGAGCUCUCGAACCAGCAGAUUAAUACUGGUCAAGGUGCUGUCAUGGAGGCGGAUGACAUGAUGGGGUCAAAAACGGGCUUAACGACGGGAUACGGUCAAACCAAGUGGGUUUCAGAACAGCUGGUGCGCGCUGCUGGAGCCCGUGGCCUUCGUGGAAGCGUGAUACGACCGGGAUACGUUCUUGGUUCUGAGCAGGGUGUGACAAACACGGACGAUUUCCUGAUACGAAUGCUCAAGGGCAGCAUACAGUUGUCUGCUAGACCCAAGAUUGUCAACACGGUCAACGCCACGCCGGUUGACCACGUAGCGCGAUGCGUCGUUGCCGCCGCGCUGAAUCCACUACCAGGAGGGGUGCAUGUCGUGCAUGUUACCGGGCACCCAAGGCUGCGCAUGAAUGAGUUCUUGUCACCGCUAGAGUACUAUGGCUACAAGGUGCCCGAGGUGAGCUACGACGAGUGGAAAGAGAAGCUGGAGGUCUUCGUGUCUGCUGGCCAGGAGAAGGAUCAAGAGCAGCACGCGUUGAUGCCCCUGUAUCAUUUCUGCGUCAAUGACUUGCCGGCCAACACUCGUGCCCCUGAGCUAGACGAUACGAAUGCGGUUCGAAUCUUGAAGGAUGAUGCUGAGAACUGGACUGGGGUCGACGAAUCGGCGGGCUAUGGCAUCUCACGGGAGGCCGUGGGCAAGUAUUUGUCGUUUCUGGCAGAGAUUGGAUUCGUGCCUUGGCCCAGUGGCAGAGGCCGUCCGCUGCCCGAAGUCAGCUUGAGCGACGAGAUGAGGCAGGCUGUGGGCGGAGUGGGUGGCCGUGGGGGAACCGGGCGAGCAGCUUGAAGGAAGGCAUAGAGACGCAACGGGGGCCCGACUCCAAGUGAAAAUGGGAUGGUUAUCGGAUAGCUUCAACGGUUCGACGGGCGCUGUAUAUGCGUCGUCUUCUCCUUUUCUUUUCUCUUUCUUUCCGUGGGGAAAAAGGCUCG